AUGCAACUCAAAGCUGACUCUUCUGAAAGCUCAACUGAACUUCCAAAACCAAGUCUGGAUAUGGGUGAAUCUUUGAGCUUGAAGCAUGCAAGCAAUUACGGGUCUUUUGUAUGCACGUAUUGCUCGAAACCAUUUCCAUCAUCCCAAUCCUUAGGAGGUCACCAGAACGCUCAUCAGAGACAGAGAAACGAGGAGAAGAAACAAUACAUGAAAAACCCCCUUGCAUACCGGAAACGAGCCUUACUCCGGUCAGUUAAGCCGCCUCUCGAAGUUGUGCCACCGUCAGUGGCUCAACCUCAGCCGGAUCAUUGUGAGCUCACACUCAGGCUUGGCCAUGGUCCUUCUAGGGUUGGAGCAAGGUCUGGAAAUGGGUUUCCACAUAAAGCAGCAGCUCAUGGGAAUUAUACCUACCAAUACUUCCAUUCCUAUCUCAAUCAUGUGGACUGGAAACCAAAGCUUGCUCUUGAUCUGCCUACAGCAAGGGAAUUGACUGCUAAUGGAGCCAAAGAAGACAACAAUUCCCCAAGUCUGGACUUAACUUUGAAGCUCUAG